AUGCCUGACAUUCUUUUUCUUUCUCUCAUUCUGUCACUUGAAACCCAUGUCCAUGUUUCUCUUGCUUUCUCUCGGCGUACCACCCAUGUCCAUGUUUCUCUUGCUUUCUCUCGGCGUACCACCCAUGUCUAUGUUUAUCUUACUUUCUCUCGGCGUAGCCCCCAUGUCCAUGUUUCUCUUACUUUCUCUCGGCGUAGCCCCAUGUCCAUGUUUCUCUUACUUUCUCUCGGCGUAGCCCCCAUGUCCAUGUUUAUCUUCCUUCGUCUCGGCGUAGCCCCCAUGUCCAUGUUUAUCUUCCUUCGUCUCGGCGUAGCCCCCAUGUCCAUGUUUAUCUUACUUUGUCUCGGCGUACCGCCCAUGUCCAUGUUUAUCUUACUCUCUCUCGGCGUACCGCCCAUGUCCAUGUUUAUCUUACUUUCUCUCGGCGUUCCACCCACGUCCAUGUUUCUCUUACUUUGUCUCGGCGUAGCCCCAUGUCCAUGUUUAUCUUACUUUCUCUCGGCGGAGCCCCCAUGUCCAUGUUUAUCUUACUUUCACUCGGCGUAG